AAUCCAGACGGAAGAUGCCUUGGGGCAUGCUAGAGAGCUCUUUCAACAUUUCAUUCGUUUCCAGGCCGGGCAGCGCAGAAAGACCGUGGCAAUGCUAGGGAAGGAAGAGUUGAUUGGAGGGACAGAGGACUUACGAGGCUUGCCAGUGGACAGAAGGCAGAGAGCAGCGGGGGGGGGGCCUGCAGUCGAGCGAUGCAGCAGGCAAAUGGAAGGCGGGCUUGCCACUCACGCGUACAAGGACAGUUGGGGACGGAUUCCGCUGUGGUGUGCCUGCAACGCCGAACGUUUACUGCACCGUAACCGAUCCGAUCAGACCGAUGCACUCGACCCCGUCGAUUCCCCAGGGGAAUCAGGUGCUCUGAAUGGGCGGAGCGGGACCGAAGAUGAGAAGGGGGGUGGUGUUAGAUUUCCGACGGGUUUUGUGUGGGUGGAAGGCGGGAGAGGAGAGAAGGAUGUAGGGAGCGUUCUCUUCCUCUUCCAAGGGACGUACGUACGGGUAGGUUCUCUGCUGGGCGCGAGAGACGGCGGGGCGUUGCGCGGCGUAAGGUACGAGAGGGAGUCUGUCGUAGUUCGCAGUUGGUAAGAAGCACGGGAAGCAGU